CUCGGUUUCCCCGCUCCUCUGCGCCCUUCCACCGCCGUGGGACUCCCCGUCGUGCACCGACCGACGCUCCCCGCCCACGGUCCAGACUCCCCGACCUGCCUCGGAGCUGGACCCGGCGCCGACUUCGCGGAAGAAAGUGGAUAAAAUGCCUAUUGGGUAGCAGCUGUUGGAGGACCCUGACGACAUGAGGCUGUUGGAGCAGUGCCUUUGAACCAUCCUUCAGUCCUGGACCUUACAACCUCAGGCUAAUUUGGUGAGAAAACAAAGAGAACUCAAGUCAUUUAAGUGGAUAUUCACCAGUAUAUCUUUACUCACAACCAAAUAUAUAUGUUGGGUAAAGGAGGAAAACGGAAGUUUGAUGAGCAUGAAGAUGGGCUGGAAGGCAAAAUCGUGUCCCCCGCUGAUGGUCCAUCCAGGGUGUCUUACACCUUACAGCGCCAGACUAUCUUCAACAUUUCCCUUAUGAAACUGUACAACCAUAGGCCUCUGACGGAGCCAAGCUUGCAGAAGACUGUUUUAAUUAACAACAUGUUGAGGCGGAUCCAGGAGGAACUCAAGCAGGAAGGCAACCUGAGGCCUCCAUUUACCCCCUCUUCCCAGCCCAGCGACUCGCUGAGUGACAGCUACCGAGAGGCACCACCUGCCUUUACCCACCUGACCCCACCUUCUGCUCACCCCUGUGACCUAGGAAGCACUACGCCCUUGGAGGCCUGCCUCACCCCUGCCUCACUGCUCGAGGCCGACGAUGACACUUUUUGCACUUUGCAGGCUGUGCAGCCUGCAGCUUCUACCAGACUCUCCGCUCCAGCCCUUCCUCCAGAAAAAGACAGCUUCUCCUCUGCCCUGGAUGAGAUCGAGGAGCUCUGUCCCACAUCUACCUCCACAGAGGCGGCGGCGGUAGCACCAGACAGCUCAAAAGGGACCCCUGGUGAGUCCCGCAUCCAGAAAUCAGAGGGGCCCCAGGAGGGCCGCACAGAUGACUCAAGACUCCUGGACUCUCUGCCUGGGAAUUUUGAAAUAACAACGUCCACAGGUUUCCUGACAGACUUGACCCUGGACGACAUCUUGUUCGCUGACAUUGAUACAUCCAUGUAUGAUUUUGACCCCUGCACGUCUGCAUCGGGGACAGCCUCAAAAAUGGCCCCUGUGUCAGCCGAUGACCUCCUCAAGACUCUGGCUCCCUAUAGCAGUCAGCCAGUUGCCCCGAGUCAGCCUUUCAAAAUGGACCUCACAGAGCUAGACCACAUCAUGGAGGUGCUCGUUGGGUCCUAAGACCUGGGGACCCAGUGACUGCUCCCACCCAGGCCCUGCAAGCGUGCCCGCGACCCUGACACUUCUCCGCACUGUGCAUGCACCCUUGCUUGCCUUUUUCAGAGAAAACGAAAAUUUUACGAAAGUAUCACACUAGAUUUGUUUUGUUUUGUUUUGUUUUGUUUUUUGAGCAGAGUUGGAGUGCCUUCAUCCGAGUAUGACCACUUUUAAUAUGCUUUUCUGAAUGGCUCCUCAAGAGACCUACCGCCCUGGCAUAGGAGAGAAUACAUUUGAAGACAGUGUGUUGCUAAGUCGAAUGAUGAACAUAAACAGUUCAAGAGAAGCACAAGGAUUAAGUUGGAAAAGCUGUAAAUUGCAUGUGCAUAUUUGUCUAUUUUUUCUAUAAGUUUUAUUGCAAGAGGUAAAAAAGAAAAAUAUAUAUAUUAUUUAGAUAAUCUCAGUACCUUUUCUGGCAUUUUUGCCCUGUAUAGGUUGACUUGGCAAUUCAGCCUUUUUAGAGGCAUUAACUAUUCCUCGUAAGUGUUGCAUUUACAUGGCUGUUUAGAAAAUUGCUGCCCAAAUUUAUUUUAUAUUUUUGUACAGAUUCUGCAGUUUAUGAUAUUGUUUUUCUAAAAACAAAUGCUGUUUAUACAUAUGAGAUAGCUAUUUUGAUAGGAUUUGCUCACAUAGUUCCUGCAAACUUAAGAUGUACAAGUUGCACUUGUACUUUUAUAGAGUCGUAAUGUUUUAUAUGUGUAUGGUGCAAGAGAAAAUUGGAUCAAAUCAAUCUGCAGUUGAUAUCCCCAAAUGCAGACACACUCAGACACACACAGCACUUAAGAAAGGGCCAGACAACACCCAAAUUUCACAAGCACCAGCCCCUCACAAUCACCCGCCAGUACAGCAACUUCCAAAGCCAUAGCCCCAUCUGCUCAUCAAACUCACAUUAAGCAGUUGGCAGGGAGAUGGCUGCGGAGCUUGGGGUUGAAGUGAUGAUCUCCUUAGCUCCCUCUUUCUAGCAAAGGCUAUUAUUAUCUUACUACUUAAGGUUGUAUUUAUGCCAAGUUUGCUCUUUUAAUUGUUUUUAUUUUUUUUAAAUAAAAACUCAAAUCUUUCCCUUUUGGCAUAACUUUUAUGAUGAGACCACAAUUUUAUGUAACAGAGUUUAUGACAGCUCUUCAUGGAGCCGAGCCCUGCUUCAGGACCUGGGGCUCGUAAAGAAGAAAUCCCCCCAGAAGGCGUACGUCAUGUUGCUAACCUGCCUUUUCCCGUGUCCUGUCCCUAGAGCUUUUGUUCCCUGUUGCCAAGAGCUGCAAAUGGCAUCUUCACGAUCACCACAGUGAGCUCUCAGCUCACCUCCGCCAGCCGGGAUGCACUCUUCCGACAUCUGUGACUCUUUGUCACCCUAUGUCACGACACCCAGUCUUGUUGCUUUCUCUAUCAGCUGCUGGUUUAACUACACCUUCCAAGGCUGUUCUACCCAGAUACACAGACAGGAAUUUCUAUGCAUGUUUCUGCCGCUCUCCCUGUCUCCCACCCCCGGACACCCUUAAGAGAUAACUUUUUAGUCCCAAUGAUAUCCAUUUACUUUAAAGAGGUUGUUCUGUUUGUUUUUCCAGUGUAUCAUGCUCGUUGCUGAGAUCUAUUGCCUUUUCUGUCUCCAUGUUUCUUUCUCUCAGUGGUACUUCCGCUACUGAGUGCAGGUUGCAGCCCUAUAUUGCGAUGCAGGCGGCUUCUUUAGGAAUUAACUUUCGUAUUUAUUUAAAAUUUUUUAAAUUAUGGGGUUUUGUUUUUGUUGUUGAUGUCUUUGUUGUUCGUCAUUUGUCAAUAUUUAGUCACCAAUUCUGCUCACUUCUUGCCAUGGAUAAAAUGAGGUCUUUCUGGCCAAUUAAAAGAUAACUUUAUAAGUGGCACUUUAAACAAGCCAUAGAUAAUUUAUUUUCAUAAUGCACAUGGCAAGCAACUGCACUGGUGGUGAAGGAACUGCUCGUUUAAGUAAAAGAUCUGUGUAUGAUAUGAUUAAAUCUUUUUACAUUCUAAUUUACCUUUUCCCCACUUGAAUGUGUUUUAAAGGCUAAUUAUCAACUCGGUAGAGCAGUGAGAAACUGAUCAAAUUGCACUUGUUCUCCUGCAAGCACCCUCUCUCUAUAUAUACACUUCUUACUGUUAACAGAUGUGUCCUGUCCUUCGAUGUAGGACCAGGGACCAUAUGAUAGGGUGAGGGUUGUUGUUAAUGCUUCCAAGUGUCACUGUGCCUCUCCGUUUUAAGAGCUUCCCGUUGUAGAGAACAGGUGUGCCGGGACUCUCUGUUUUACAACUGGAGUACCCUAGAACUAGACACAUGCCACACACAUCUACAUACACGUGCAUAUACAGUAGUGUUGAUUAUUCUGAAAAAAAGUGGCAUAACACAGUUGAUUGCCUUUGUCAAAAACUGAUUUACAGUAACUUAGAGCGACUGUACUUUGGUUGGAUUAGCAAAUUAUGUGUUUAAACAAUCCCGUAUGUUAGGCAACAGUUCAAACAAGCACAGAAGCAUUGCCCAGACUUGGUUCUCUGAGUCUCGUGUAUUUGUAAGACCAGGCUUCAAAAUCAAAUCAGAACCCCUCAACAACAGCAGGCAAAUGCUUUUCAACUCUGACACCUUUGCCAUGAAUUCUUAAGAUGUACAUGGGAAAUUAAUGACCCACUUUCAGAGAGAGCAAACUCAUCAAAAGUCAACACUUGUCUGUGCCCUAUUUAUAUUAAAUGAUGUCCCAACAGGAAGAGUAGGAGCCAGAGCAGGCUCUCCAAGUCCCAGUCUGUGUGUGGGAUGCACUUCCCGACACGUCCUGGCAGCAGAGCCAGGCAGGCAGCCUGAGAGGCCUCUCGGCGGUCUGGGCCUGAAGAGGCAGUUCCUGACAGUGAUGUGCGAUGAAGGGACAAAGUGAGAGCAGAGCCUGAGAGCUUCAAAUUUGAAGUUUCCCCAUAAGUUAUUUAUUCCUUUUUUUUUUUGCUGUGUAAAUAUAUUUAUUUUACUGUGGAGCUCUAACAACAUCUGGGUGGUAACGUGCAGAAUGCAUGAUAGGAAUGUAUUUCUUGUAGGAAUGUAAAUUUGUAUUAAAAAGGGAGCCAAGCCAGGCCCCCUGGUCUUCUCAUUGAAUGCACAGUCCACGUUCAUUUUUACUCUUGUCUCCAAAUGGGUCUGUUUGAAAUAUGCAAAAGGUAUGGAUAAGGGAUGUUUUAAUACCUCCAAAUUUUUAAGAAAAUCAAGCAUCAAAGGGUUGAUAUUUUUUAAAGUUUUCUGUGUAGCACUUUUCGCUUGAUGACAGAAGGGGUAACACAUGGGCACCCACCUUCAUACCAAAGGGUGAGCAAUGGCCACAAUCUCCCACACCGCUCAGGUGUCUUUAGCAGUUGAGCUUUUGAUGGCCAUAGCCCCUUGAAGUGCCCACCACCACCCUGAUGUCAAUCAAGGAAAAUUUCUUUUAAAAAUUAGCUCCAAAGAGCCAAAGUAUCAACUCACAGAUCAUUUUUAAAGCUUAAACUCACCACCUUUGCAGUAAACAAUGCAUUCGGAAUACUGCAAGGGCAGCCUUCUCAAAUGACAGAUACAAGAGCUUCCACUCUGUGCAGAGGUUGCUGUUGUCGGUAUAAGUUGUCUUAAUGUCAAAAUCUUGCUCUUACAAAUUGGACCUUUAUAUGUUUCCUGAAAAUACCAGAAAGAGCAUAUUUGACUUGUCCUAGCUGUAAAUGGUUGACUUCCUGUACCUGCCCCGCACCUGGAUGCCAGCAGGUGCGCAUCUGCUUGCGUGCGAUUGUUUCCAAUGCUUCCAAGAAUGAGUCUAUGUGGUUCUUAAAAAUCAGCCAGGAUCAAAUGCUCUUGCAGACAAAGCCAAUAAAAAUUUUGGACUUCUUUCGGGGAACUUGGAAGAGAAAUGCGGCCCAUAUGUACAGCACCAAGGUGUUGGAAGGGUGUACAUAGGGACGUGUUGGGUGCAUGGGUUUUGUCAAGAGGAGGUGUGACCUUUCCCCACAGACCUGAGAGCUGUGCCUUUUCUAUGCAAUACUACAGAUGUCACAUCAGAACCCAGCAGACUGUGCUCAGUGUGGUUCAUUCAGGCUGUAAUCUAAGCAGUUGGGCAGAUUAAAUAUACAUGGAAAUGGGCCGUCUUUUGUAGUUUUAUAUUAUACAAUAAACAGUUAAAAGAUGA